UCAGAAGACUCAGAAGACUCAGAAGACUCAGAAGACUCAGAAGACUCAGAAGACUCAGAAGACUCAGAAGACACCGAAGACUCAGAAGACUCAGAAGACAUAGAAGAAGACUCAGAAGAAGACUCAGAAGACUCAGAAGACUCAAAAAACUCAAAAGACUCAGAAGACUCAGAAGACUCAGAAGACUCAGAAGACUCAGAAGACUCAGAAGACUCAGAAGACUCAGAAGACUCAGAAGACUCAGAAGACUCAGAAGACAUAGAAGAAGACUCAGAAGAAGACUCAGAAGACUCAAAAGGCUCAGAAGACUCACAAGACUCAGAAGACUCAGAAGACUCAGAAGACUCAGAAGACUCAGAAGACUCAGAAGACUCAGAAGACACCGAAGACUCAGAAGACUCAGAAGACAUAGAAGAAGACUCAGAAGAAGACUCAGAAGACUCAGAAGACUCAGAAGACUCAGAAGACUCAGAAGACUCAGAAGACUCAGAAGACUCAGAAGACUCAGAAGACUCAGAAGACUCAGAAGACUCAGAAGACUCAGAAGACUCAGAAGACUCAGAAGACUCAGAAGACACCGAAGACUCAGAAGACUCAGAAGACUCAGAAGACUCAGAAGACACCGAAGACUCAGAAGACUCAGAAGACUCAGAAGACUCAGAAGACAUAGAAGAAGACUCAGAAGAAGACUCAGAAGACUCAGAAGACUCAAAAAACUCAAAAGACUCAGAAGACUCAGAAGACUCAGAAGACUCAGAAGACUCAGAAGACUCAGAAGACUCAGAAGACUCAGAAGACUCAGAAGACUCAGAAGACUCAGAAGACUCAGAAGACUCAGAAGACUCAGAAGACUCAGAAGACUCAGAAGACUCAGAAGACUCAGAAGACUCAGAAGACUCAGAAGACUCAGAAGACUCAGAAGACUCAGAAGACUCAGAAGACUCAGAAGACUCAGAAGACUCAGAAGACUCAGAAGACUCAGAAGACUCAGAAGACUCAGAAGACUCAGAAGACUCAGAAGACUCAGAAGACUCAGAUAACUCAGAAGACUCAGAAGACUCAGAAGACUCAGAAGACUCAGAAGACUCAGAAGACUCAGAAGACUCAGAAGACUCAGACGAAUCAGUAGACUCAGAAGACUCAGAAGACUCAGAAGACUCAGAAGACUCAGAA